UUUAUUAUUUUUUUUAUAGGAGAGGUAUGGAUAGCGCAAGAAAGAGUACCAGAAGGUUGCCACAUAGAGGUGCUUUCUCAUAACCAUCAUGGCUAUAGGCGCUGUAAUCUUUAUCGCCAAUACAUGUCCAUGGAAUUUUCCCGGGCAAAGUGGUAUUCAUGUAAAUCCACCUAAGCUGAGAUACAAACUCGCAGUGAGAUGCAAUGUCAGUUGUGACAAUAUCCGCUUGCAAAAUUUGGCUUUACAAGAAGCGAUUCACGCAGCUGCCUUGCGCUUUCAGGAGAGCCAACAAUCAGAGCCUCUAUUUCAUGACCCUUAUGCAAGGUGCUUCAUUGAAUCUGAUCUUUAUAGGGGCAUCUCUUCAAAUUUUAAAUGCAGUAUGACAAUUAAUUCGAGCUAUUAUCGUCUCGCAACAAAGUUUAUUGAUGAUAAAUUGCUUGAUGCUGUAAACAAACAUGAUGCUCCUCGACAGAUUGUUUUGUUGACAGAUGGCAUGGACACUCGCCCUUACAGACUGAAAUGGCCACCCAUAUCUAUUAUAUUUGACAUAUCCUUUGAGACUGUCUUCCAGAUUGCAUCAAAGAAAUUGAAAGAAGUUGGAGCAAGAACAUCAAGGAACUCUCUAUUCAGGCACAUUCCUGCCAAAUUAGUAGAAUUGCAAGAGAGGCUACGAAGCUUGGGUUACAAAGGUGAUAAGCCAAGUUUCUGGGCAAUCCAGGGAUUCUAUCCAAUGACAUCAGAUAGACUUGAAGAGAUUCUUUACCAAAUUAGCUGUCUAGCUAUGAAAGGUAGUCUUUUUGUGGGAGAGUUACCUCUAGCAGCUGUUGAACUGGAUUCCAGUUCAGAAGAGCAUGAAGGGAAAUGGAUUGAGAAAGUCUUCAAACGCAAUGGAUUUUUGGUGGACAUAGUUUCAUAUGAAAAGGUUGCAAUGGACCUUUGUGAGAAUCUAUUGAUUGAUGAUGGCUCACUUGUUGUGGAAGAUGAUGGUGGAGAAUGCAGGAGUGUUCUUUUUGUUGCUCAACAGCAACGCCUUUCUGAUGAUCAGCUGGACUUUGUAAGAAGAGAGAUGGAGCUUGCAGAAGAAUCUGGAGAUGAAGAAGGUUUUGAAGACAUGUAAUUAGGUGAAUUGGUUAUUGCAAAGUGCUGGAAUUUGAAUAUGGAUCUUGCAUGAAGAAACUGAGACGGGGAAGUCUUCAAUUAUAUGCAAAAGCCCUGCUAAUGAUCUGUGGUUAUUUGUUCUGUGUAAUAUCUCUAGUCCCAGGAGUAUUGUACAGCAAGCCUUGCCAACCAACUUUUUAUCUCGAAGCAUUUUUAUUUAAUUAAUGUGUCAACAUGGUAUGUCUUCUAGGUGUUGGGCAUUAUUUUUCAUUUAGAUCCAUGAACCAAAGUAAACUUCACCCUGUAUAUCCUUAGUUUGAGAUUUGGCAAACAAUUUAAGUAUAUUUUGGUGGAGUGCCUUAAAUUCAAUGUGUCCAAGAACAUAAAUAGAGUGCAAUCCUAGGCAAGUGAUUGCUCAUCAGAAAGUAAAUUCCCGAAUCUCAAAAGGUAAGGCAAUAAUUUAUUCGUGACAAAUUUGUCCUGUGACAUUGGUGCUAUGACUGCCUGCACCAUUCCAAGUUAAAUAAUUUUAGAGAUAGAUAUAAAGAGUUGUGUUUGUACUUC